CCUAUAGGAUUUCACUUCCCAGUAGUCGCCUCUCUCACGAAAACCCUAAUCCGAGAGAAAGAGAGAGAGAGAGCUCGAAGAUGGCCGAAACCCUAGUUCUCCGCGGUACGAUGAGAGCCCACACCGAUAUGGUGACGGCCAUCGCCACCCCAAUUGACAACUCCGACAUGAUCGUCACUUCCUCACGAGACAAGUCCAUCAUCCUCUGGCACCUCACCAAGGAUGACAAGACCUAUGGCGUCCCCCGUCGCCGCCUUACCGGCCAUUCCCAUUUUGUUCAGGACGUUGUCCUCUCCUCCGACGGCCAGUUCGCUCUUUCCGGAAGCUGGGACGGUGAGCUCCGCCUCUGGGAUCUCGCUGCCGGCACCUCCGCCCGUCGCUUCGUCGGUCACACCAAGGACGUCCUUUCCGUGGCUUUCUCUGUUGAUAACCGCCAGAUCGUGUCGGCUUCGCGUGACCGCACCAUCAAGCUCUGGAACACUCUUGGUGAGUGCAAGUACACCAUCCAGGACGCUGAUGCACACUCCGAUUGGGUGAGCUGCGUCCGAUUCAGCCCUAACAACCUGCAGCCGACGAUUGUGUCUGCCUCUUGGGAUCGGACAGUGAAAGUCUGGAACUUGACGAACUGCAAGCUCCGGGCCACUCUGGCCGGUCACGGCGGCUAUGUGAACACAGUGGCGGUGUCACCAGACGGGUCCCUGUGCGCGAGUGGAGGCAAGGAUGGAGUGAUUCUUUUGUGGGAUUUGGCCGAGGGAAAGAGGCUAUACUCGCUCGAUGCAGGGGCGAUUAUUCACGCUUUGUGUUUCAGCCCUAAUAGGUACUGGCUUUGCGCUGCUACGGAGCAGAGUAUCAAGAUCUGGGAUUUGGAGAGCAAGAGCAUUGUCGAGGAUUUGAAGGUUGAUCUCAAGACCGAGGCUGAAAAGAGCGAAGAUACCACCACUACUGCCAAGAAGAAGGGAAAGAUCAUAUAUUGCACAAGCUUGAGCUGGAGCGCAGAUGGAAGCACAUUGUUUAGUGGGUACACGGAUGGUGUAGUCAGAGUUUGGGGAAUUGGCCGUUACUAGGGAAGCAUAUUCUUGUCAUUAAUUACCAGAUGUGCUUCUUCAUUUUAGCAAUUUUAUGGUUUAUUUUAGAUUUCUGUUGAAAAUGUUGAAGGAUGUUUGGAUAAUUUCUUUUAUGCUUGGGGCAGCAGUGGCUGCUGUUUCGGUUUUGUUUCUUACAUGAGAUAUUUCAUUUAGACGUUUCGAUUUUGGUUUUUAUAUGAUAACAUUAGCUGUUAUGCUUUUGGUUCCUGAUUUA